GCGCCAGGUGGCGCGAUGUCGUUCUAUUCUCGUCCGCGCAGCGGCUCCCUGUCGGCGGCCUCGGGGCGCUUCUAUCCGGCUUCUUCCGCGGGCUCCGUGCGCGGCAGCUCCAGCGGUUCGGACUCCUGGUUCUCGUUGUCCCGGCUGCACGCGGCGCUCCCGGCGGCGCGGGCCAGCGCGGAUGUGGCUCCCGCCUGGCUGGGCCCGGGCCGGCAGCAGGAGGCGCUGCAGGGCUUGAACGAGCGCCUGGCCGGCUACCUGCAGCGGGUGCGCGGGCUGGAGGUGGCCAACCGAGCUCUGGAGGAGGAGAUCGCCGCCAUCCGAGCGCGCAAGGCCGGCGCCAUCGGCCAGAAAGACUGGGAAGCCUGCGAAAGGCCCCUGGCCGAGCUGCGCAAGCAGGUGAGGGGCACGGCUGAAAGGUACGGGGUGAAACUCCUGGCAGGUGGGAAAGGGAUGCGAGCGGAGGGGACGCAAAACGCUGGUGGGCUUGGCGAGAGAGGAUACUAGAGCACCUUUCAGGUGAUUCUCCAUCUCCAGGUACGGAUGGUUAUCUGCAGAUCAUUCCAGCACUUCAUAGGACCCCAACACAACUACGCCCACCAAGGCCACGGUUCGUUCCACGCACGUUUUCUUCCCCACUAUGUUCAAUGGAACUCGCUGGAAAGCGUGCAUUGCUAGCGUUUUGCUGCCCGAGUGUUUGUACUGCUGGUAAAUCCAGGCGAUUCAGGCAAAUGAGCAAGAAGGCAAGUGCAAACGAUAAAGGCAUGGGUAGAAAGGUCAGAAACUGGGCGAGUAGAGUCAGUGGCCAAGGGGAUACAUUGACCUAAUACAGGUUGAAGGCCAAGAGAGAAUGGUGGAAAGCAGAACUGGAGGAGAACUGGGGCAAAGGAGCCAGACUCGGCCCUAAACCUAUUUGCAAUAUGGAUAUAUUAUUUUCCUAUCUUCCAGUGUUUUAAAAGUGCCACAGAGCACUUCAUGUACAUGGUAUUGCCAUAAUCCAUAUAAACACCAAUGAAAAGCAUAUGGAAUUGCUAAAUACUAAAUUGGAGGAGAUGCACUUUGGAUUCUAGAAUAAAGUGUUGUGUGCGCGCGUGUGCAGUCUAAAUGUUUUCCCAGCUUUUCCAGAAAGCAACCAAGCACCCUCUCCACACCCAUAUAACUUUUUGAUCCUGUUUUCUCUUGACAGUUUAGCAACAGUCUGGUUAAAAAUACAAGCUUAUUCCCCCACUCCCUUUCUGUAAGAAUUGUAUGGAAAUAAAACCCCUUCUUGAUAGACUUUCUUUUCUUUCUUGUACGGGAUGCUUGCAUGUCCAAACAAAGGAGGAUCCAGACACUCCCCAAAUGUGGGGAUGUAAUAACUUCCUUGGAAAAAAAUCACCUAAUCCUCCCCUUUCUAACACCUGCCUCCCCCCAAAAAAAGAAAGCACAGCUGGUUUCAUAGUGAGGCAUACAACUCCAGUUGUUUCCCUGUUGUAAGCUCAUAUUCGAAAAGCUGAGUGUAGCUGGAAAUCCAAGCCCUUGGUUUGGUAGGUGUAGCUUUCUUUUCAGGCUAAUAUCCUUGGAUUACCUGUUUGACCACCUAGUGGAAUCUACCUUUCUGCCCAACUGGUUUUCAGCAUGUUCUUGUAACACCAGGGUUGAAAGGUGCUGAGAUGUGCAGCAUCUAACCAGGUAGAUUCAUUCAUAGGAAAUUUCCCAGAGCUGAGCAUUGGCUAGCAGCUCAUCAGCUUUUUAUAGGUGGUUUGCAAGGGCUAGUCCACCCAUAAUGCACUAGAGUGGCUCAAAAUGAGGGGUAGUUUGUGUGUUGAGUUAUUAUGUUCUUAUCCCACUGUUCAGACAUUGACUCCCAAAGUGGUUCACAUCAGUUUAAAAGAAAAAGGAGGAAGGGUGCUCCUGGAACACAACGUUUGACAGGGAAUCACAUGGAACAUGAUCCAACUAGGAUACACCCAGCCUGUAGAGAAGAAACAACAACACAUCUUAUUGAUGUAGUGGUAUAUGACAGAACAGGAACACUGAAUUGAAGAUUCAGUCAUUCAGAUUUUCAUUACCAACAAGUUACACAUCAACACAAUGGAGUCUCAUAAAUGGCCUGCUCUGGAUAUCACAGAGCAAACAUUGCAGCCAUCAGUUCCUAUUUUAAUUUUGUAUAACCAAAUGCAAUGGUUCAAAGAACAUGUCUGCCAUGCAUUUGAAAACAAAUAUGUUCAUUUGUUUUGCAAAUACAUUUGAUUAUUCAGGCUGCAACCCUCUAGGUCCAGCUGAUUUUCAACAGGAGCCGAGAAUAUGGGAUUGAUGCAAACCAAUUUGAACACGGUGGGAUUUUUGCAUAGGAUUGUGUUGUACAUGCAUUACUGAUAUACAACUGCUCCUUCCCAUGUCAGGUGGAAGACCUCAAUUUGGACAAUGUUAAGCUGCUUCUGCAAAUCGAUAAUGCCAGGUUGGCAGCUGAUGACUUCAAGCAUAAGUAAGUUGUUUUGUUUACAAACCUUUACAAAAACUGUACCAUAAAAGCAGGCCUGUGGAAAGAGUGUAUAAUUCUACUCCAGACACCUAAAUGUGAGGAGAAAUCACAAUGAAGUCUCUUGGGGUGUUUGCGUGUUGAAUUCCAUAUGCCAAAGAAGAUUCAAAAAUAAAAACUGGGAUCCCUUGAAAAUGUUGCUUUCUCACAGGUUCAAAGUGAAACAUUCUCACUUUCUAAUCAAUUAAUUUAACACUCUUCAGUGUUAACUGGCUAUCACACUUUUAGCGUAUGUUACUUUUUGUGGAGGAAUUUUACUAGCGCAGUUCUUGAGGUUCUACAUUGAAAUUAAUAUUUGACACACAAUUGCAAAUUUGUUAAUGUUUCUAGUCCUUAUGAUUGCAUUGUCUGUAAAUGAUACCUGGUUCAUGAGGAUAGAAUCUCUGUUCUAUACAUGGCUAAUUGUCUGUUCCUUGGGACCUCUACUCAUGACCUCCAACCCUGACAUCCUUCCUGCACCUUAUUUACUCAUCUCUUUCUUCAGCUAUGCUGCACCUCACAAUAAAUUCUGUAAAUUUGAUUAUAUGUGGCUUGGAGCCACCAUGUCCCAGGUUCACUCCCUGGCAUCUCCAGGGAGGGGCUAGGAAUGUCUCCUGCUUAAAACACCAGGAAGUUGCUGACAGCCAGUGUUGCUAAAUGGACCAGUGGUCUAACUCAAUAGGAGGGGAGUGGUGUUUGUUGGAUUCUUGUUCCUUGUCAGUUUUAUAUUGAUUGAUUGGUGUUUUUAUUCUUUGUAGUUGGCUUUUAUCACAUGAACUGCUUUGAGAUUUCAUAGCUGAAUGAUGGGAUAGAAAUUUAACAUUUGUUUUUAAAACAUACACAUAUAAGCCAUAUGACUAUGUGAACCUGUGAGCCAUAUAUAUAUAUAUAUGUGUGUGUGUGUGUGUGUGUGUGUGUGUGUGUGUGUGUGUUUGAAAAGCUGCUGCUAAAUUUUUGAGAGAGACAUGCAUCUAAUCCUACACUCAGACCAGAGACAACAGAGUACCAGCUAUAUCCCAAUGGCCAUGAAAAUAGAUUAAUAUAUUAAAAUACUAAUAUCAAUAUUUAAAUCAUGUUAACCCUCACCCCCAAAUGUGGAGGUGGUCUGGGAAAAUACCUGAGCAUGAUUUACACCCGGGUCUGAAAGGUUAAGUGAAAGUCUGUUCCAUUACUUGCACUUGGUUUCAGCCUUGCAACUUGUUUGUUCAUUUGUUUCUUGUUUCCUCCUUCCCUUCUUCCAGACUGGAUGCAGAGCAGGCUAUGUGUGACAGUGUGCAAAAGGACACACACGGGUUGCGCAAAAUGAUCGAUGACACCAACUAUUCCCGCUUGAAGUUGGAAGGGGAACUGGAGUCCCUCAGAGAGGAGCUGGCUCACUUGCGCAAAAGCCACCAUGAGGUAACAGUAUGGCGAGAGCUGCGUCUGAACCCACCUGUGUGUCUAGCCCCAGGUAUUCAACACACAGCUCUGAGAGGAUUGGAAUAUUUCCCAUGGAGUCAGUAUGUGUGUCCAUAGUAAAUAUAUGCUUGCCCUUAACCUUAUAGCCAAUAACGACAUCCCCCCCCCCCGAGGAAUAAAGAAAGCUUACAUGGAAUGAAAGAUGCUUCUUCAGGCUACAACUAUGCAGACAACAAGCCCUACGGUUCAUACACACCUUAAUUAUGAGGGUAAAAUAAAGGCCUUACCUAAACAUGGAGAGUGAGUACACCUGAUCUGGUCAUAAGUGGAGCACAAGUCAGGGAUAGAUAACUGUACCUUCCGUGAGAGUUAAGAUCUCCCCUUCAGGAUCCUAUGUCAACAAGCCAAUAGUAUCUCUCCCCAAGCUGUGAUUUAGCAAAGCACAAGGAUGAUCCUUGAGAAUGUAGAGCAAAAAGGAGGGCCUGUUGUGUGAGCUACCUAACCACUGAAAAUCUGGGGUUCAAAUACUAUUUUGAGCCAACUGAGUGAGUGAAUAAUCUGACACCUUAAACCCUUUGAAGCAUUGUUUAUUUCCUGCAAGUUUGCCAUUGUGUCCUGAGAUAAGUUUGAAACUGAGUGGUCACAACAUUAGUUCGGGAUAACCAACAAGUUACCCAUACAUUUCCUGAAUAAUUUACUUUUGAAAGAAGAUUUUGUUGCCCAUGUGAAAUCCAAUUCCUCCUUAUGGGAGGGUGAUGAUUAAACUUCUCUGGAAACUAGAGAUCAGUAUGCUGAUCUUUACAGUAAAACUGUCUGCUACCCCUAUUAGGUCAUGUCUAAGGUAGGAGCUGGUACCAGAGUCGUGCAUAAUUUGUUAAGGGGUAUAUUUUAUAGUAAAGCUAUGACAGCUGCACUGAUGCCAUGAUCUGCAGUAAUAAACCAUGUAAAAAGUCCAGACUAGCAUCCAUUGUUACAACAGAUACAGCUGAGAGAUAUCUCACGCUGCAGACAUAAUGCUAUUAUUACUAUUAAUAGUAAUAUUAUUGGUAGUAGUAGUAGUAGUAGUAGUAGUAGUAGUAUACCACCUUUUAUCCAUCAAUCUCAGGGCUUUUCUUUUCACAACACAAAAUUCCAAUAUAAAAAGAAGAAGAAGAAGAGGAGUUUGGAUUUGAUAUCCCGCUUUAUCACUACCCUAAGGAGUCUCAAAGCGGUUAACAAUCUCCUUUCCCUUCCUCCCCCAAAACAAACACUCUGUGAGGUGAGUGGGGCUGAGAGACGUGUGGGGAAGUGUGACUGGCCCAAGGUCACCCAGCAGCUGCAUGUGGAGGAGCAGAGACACGAACCCGGUUCACCAGAUUACGAGUCUACCACUCUUAACCACUACACCCUCUAGAUCCCUUGGAAGCAUGUUCUGAGAAAAAUGUGUGGGGACACCUGGCAGUGUGGUACUUACGAUUUAAACUCUUAAAAUAGAAGGGAGAUGAGACAUUAGUAAACAAUAGGAAAGUGUACAUAUACUUCAGGCUUCUCUGUGGAGACAAAUGCUUCCCCCCAAAGGCCAUAUUGAUCUCUGCCCCCUAACAGGCUUUCUCCCUUUCUGCAUGGUCUGCAGGAAGUAGAGGCCCUCAAUGCUCUGAUCGCCAAAUCUGACAUAACAGUGCAGGUGGAUAAUCCACAGAAACAUGACCUGAGCGAGACCAUCGCUGAGAUCCGCAACCAGUAUGAGAAAAUGGCUGAGCAGAGCCGUUCCGAGGCUGAGGACUUGUACAAAACCAAGGUGAGGAGGGAGCUAGGGAAGGGGAAGAGCAGGGAAGGGACAGAAAAUGGGUUGAGUUCACAUUUAAAGGCAAAUCUACCUAAUUCACUUUCCCCCCCAAAACAAUAUGCAAACUUGAAACCCAGCCACUGUUCAGAAUUCACACUUCUCUGAAUUUUGGAAUGCCUUUCUUCAGCCAAGCAGGAAUGCAUAUACAGUGGAACCUCGGUUUUCGAGCGUCUCGGAAGCCAAACAAUUCGCAACCCGAACGCCGAAAACCUGGAAGCGAAUGCUUGUUUUUGAACGUGCCUCGGAAGUCGAAUGGCUUCCGAGGCGCAUUUCUCCAUUUUCGCAAUGGAAUUUGCCGAUCGCCCAUUGAACCUCGGUUGUCAAACGUUUCAGAAGCUGAACGGUCUUCCGGAAUGGAUUAUGUUCGACAACCAAGGUUCCACUGUACUAAGGUAAAGUAUGCAUUCAAUGGCAGGUAGCAGUGGAAAGAACGUACCGAAAAUCAUUGUAUUUGGGGAGGCUGCUGUGCAAAAACGAGUAUACAGAAAUGAGUAUACUUGCCUACAAACGUGUGUAUCAGGAGAAACUCAUUAAAAUGCUGAUCAAUUUUUUCACGGGGACCUUUAAAAAACAAUAAUCACAAAAUGACAUGGAAAUGUGGAGAACUGAUGAUUGGAAAAUUGAAAAACUGUGGGAAACCAACAAGAUUACUGCAUCCCUAGGAGGGAGCAUGGCUCUCUGCCCCACUCUAACUUCCCUUUGCCAUUACUGUUCGCCCUUGCAGUUUGACUCCAUGUCUCAAGAAGCAGAUGUGCAUGCCCAGGCGCUGGAAGAAGCCAAAAGCGAGUUGACAGAGCUUCGUCGGCAGCUCCAGGGAAUAGAGAUUGAACGCCAGACUCUGCAGAAAAUGGUAAGAAGAGGGGUGCCCUCUUUCUUUCCCAAUUCCCAGUAUAGGCCAUAAGAGGCUCUCCUGAGCAGUGAAUAACUUCUUCCUGCAAAUUAUAAGCAUGCAACAGGCAGUGAAGAAGUACCACUACUUAUUUUAUAGCAGGAGUGUCGUCUUCUGUCAUGCUCUUUGUCAAUCAUCUGCGUAUCAAAAUUAUUCAUUUAUUAUUACAGUUCUACCCCAUCUUCCUUGCAAAGAGCUCAAUCUGGCAUCCAUGGCUCUCCCUACCUCCCCAUUUUAUUCUCACAAUAACCCUGUGGGGUAGGUUAGGUUGAGAGUUGGGAACUGGCCCAAGGCCACCCAGGGUCUUAAUUCAGCACUUGUAACCAAUACACCCCUGUGACUCUAGAUACAGUUUUUCCUCAGAGAUGAAAUCCAUCAAAUAAGAGGUCUGUUACAUCAGAAUGCACAGCUAAGGGUUGAACUUAGAAUUAAAGGAACUGCCCCUCAAAGCAAAAUACCUUUAUUAUGACCAAUCAACUUGGAGUGAAGUGAGGAAGAGCUGGCUUGAAAUCUGUUGCUGCUAAAGAGAGACGUUGUGAUGACCCUGCUCACCCCCAUUCUAUGAAUACAAACUGACCUGACUUCAACACUAGCAAUGGCUCGUGGUCCUUCACAUCAGAGGGCAGCCGGCUAGCUAAGGAGUGCUGGACCAGUGAUCCAUAUCCAUUUUCUGGGACAGCCACUGCACCCUAUGCAAGCUGAGUCAGCCCAGACUUCUCACACCUGUGGUUGCUGGGCUCCAGGAGUGACAGAUGCUACUGUAAGAAAAGGACACACACUUUUGCUCCAAGCUGGCUUAGCAUCGCUGGGCAGCUUCGCCGGGCAGCUUCCUCCCGGCACGGAGCGGAGCCCGCCACCCACUGCAGCCAUACCCGGUGUAUAAGACGACCCCCAACUUUUUAACUUCGUUUCUGGGGUUAAAAAGUCGUUUUAUAUGCUGAAAUCUACGGUACUCUUAAAGCUCUGCUCAGCUUCAGAAGCUGUUUUUUGUGAGUCAACACACGUGAGGAUACUAGUGUUGAAAGAACAAAUCUAAAACUAAUUAAACUAAGAGAGCUGCUCUUACAGAAUUUGUGGAGUCCUGGCCAAUAUUCACUCAUUUUUGAUGAUGCUAUAUGCCUAAUUCUGUAUAAAAGUUAGGGUAUCAAAUUUUGUUCACUGCAUAAGCCCAAACCAUUUUGUGAUGCAGAUAGACACGCUGGAGAAUACCUUGAAGAACACAGGAGAGCACUAUCAAAAUGAAAUGACCAAUCUCAACCAUAUCAUUGCCAAGCUGCAAGAUGAGCUGGCAGCCUGCCGCGCUGACUUGGAGAGCCAGGCCCGAGACUAUGAGGCCCUGCUAGACCUCAAGACCAAGCUAGAGAACGAGAUUGAACACUACCGUAGCUUGAUCGAGGGGGCAACAGACAGGUAACAAAGGGUUAUGCCCCCUGACUUCCUUCCUUGUACUUCUUGGUCAUAUGCCUGUUGAAUGUCCCUGGAGUUCUUCCACCAGGCUCACUUUCGCUUCCCCAACCUACAUUUGACAGGAAGCUGCAGCCAUUCCUGGCUCCCUGGUUGGUUUUUCUGUAUGAUCCAUGCUACCAAGUUUGAUUCACAAUAUGACAUUGGUAGGGGGGCAGGUUUUCAGAAAUCUACAUCUGCUAGUUUGCCAGCCACUCCAUCCAGUCAAAAUUCUGUGUGAUGUAUCUAUCCAUAGGACAUAAUUUUUCUAGCGCUGCAUGUAUCUGAAAAUACUUGCUUCCUAAUAAAAAUAUACCAGGAGCUACCUUCACAUUGGGCAUAGCAUCAAGUUACAAGGUUAAUAAUUCUAUCCUCUUUUCUUUAUAAUCAUUUGUGGUUUGCUGUUCUUCCCUCAAUUAGGGUAGUAAAAGAUUAAGUAAAUCUGCAUCCUAACUAGGUCUGAACCAUCACAACCUUCAGUUAUAUAGCUAGAGAUGAAACCAGUACAUGACUGACUUAGCUGUCUCUGAGCUGACUGCCUUGUGGGACAGAGGAGCCAACUCAGUUUCUGCUUUUUCAUGAAUUGGGGAGACCAUUAGCUAAGGCAGGUGGUUUUCAGGUAUAGAAUGGGAAGACACUUGCAUCUUUCAGAACAGCAUAAAGGGGAAAACCCACUGGUGCUGUUUCUCUUAUCAUUGUAGCCGUGUGAUGUGACAAGGUGUCUACUAGUGAAAUUUUGUCUCUAAAACCAUUACUAAAGAUGCAGGAGCCCUCAUGGCAUCUGAUGCUGGCAGCCUCGUUUUUGUCAGGCUACGAGUGAUAGAAAGGUUGCGAACAAUCAUUUAAGUCCCUUGAGUAACCCCACUGACUUUGGAGGAAACAAGGCAGCAGAUGGGAAAUAUGGCUGUAGAAGCUAAUGCAAUGUGUUCGGUGGCACAGGUGUGUAAGCAAAUCUGUAGCAGGAAGCCCUCACAGUAAGCAAAUCAUCCUAGGAUGAAGCAAACAAAUGGCUGCCAUGUUUUGUAUUUUCAGAGGGGAGUUGCAGAACUCAGGCAAAGCAGGUAAGUUCUCCUCUAUGAUGUAGCAGUAGACAUUACUUAGCACAGUGCUGCUUGCUUCUGCAUGUCUGUGUCUGCCUGAAACCUGCUUGUUGAUCUCCCGGCCUCACAGUUCAAACACUCUCCCAGGCUUUGUUGUUUGCUUUUCUACCAACAGGACUCUUUUGGCUGUGGCUUGGUGUGAAAAACGCUAAACUGAGUAAAUUGUUCAACAUGCACAGGGGCUCCAAGCACAGUGCUGUAUCAAGCCAGUUGGCUGUACCCAAGUAUCUUCAGGAAGUCAGUUUUAUGCAUCGGAGGAUGUAAUGCACAUAUACAAAGCUUGAACUCAUAUUUACCAGUGUAUACCCUAGGAACCAGCCCUGUUUCUCAUUGACAAGCAGCAGUUGCAGUCUCAAUUGAAAGCUGCACAGGUGUCCUCAAGGUGGAGGUUGCAUUUAGCAGCGUCAAAAGGCAGUCUUCAGGCUUUUUUCUUUUUUAAAAAAGCAAGUUUUUGAUCUCUGAUCUAGUCUCCCGAGUCCAUCCUAGGCUUCGCACUCUAACCAGUUACUCUUUAUUCCUCUUUUGCAGACACCAGGAGACAGACCAUUAAGAAGGUAGUGGUCACCACACAAGAAAUUGUGGAUGGGCGAGUGGUGACUCAGAGAUCUGAGGAAGUGAUUCAGUAGGCUUGUCCAGUGUGGUGUUUGCUAAUCCCUGUAUCAAGUUCCUUUUACUGCUGAAUAAAAGAAACAAUGUUUAGCAACUCU